UUCAUUUAUCAAACUCGAUGUAAGACCUGAUCCUCUUAAUCAAUGGCGAGGAAUUCGGUGAUUUAGCGCAUGUACCGCACUGAAAUGUUUUAGAGUGUAAUUGAUAAACUUUUGACUAAUGCUUAGGAAAUCAGCUCUUGAAGCCGACAUCGUCGCUAGAGUGUGCUAGGCUAUCGUUAAUCGGGAUUGGCCAUUAUUUUGGUAAAUAAAUAAGGGGGCUUCCUCUUAUCAUUCGUCUCAAAGCAUCAUGCACCGUUGUUAGGUAAUGACCAUGUUCCUCAAUGAAACAUGUAAAUAGCUUGCUGUGUUUGGAUUAUCACCGCUCGAACAUCCGGGAAGUUUUGUUCACCUCAUCUUUUUCGGAUCGGCCUGAGUGUAUCAACAUUUUUUAACUUUCUGCCGCAAAGCAAACUCACUCCUUUCAGCCAUGUAUCGCCUGCUACUCACUGUUCAUUUUGUGGGAGUACUACAUGUACGGGCACAGUUAAGCCCUGCUGUUAACGUCACAGGGACCGCUGGGGGCCAGGCUCACCUGCCAUGUUCUGUGAAAAAUAUCGGUCUGUAUGAAACUGUCCUAUGGCAAGGGCCUUACCAAGAGACGAUCUCCCACGGCAUUAAUGUGGUGGCCAGUGACCGGAACAGAUAUAAGCUCAAGCAAGAGUACGCUGACGAUUGGGGUUUGACUAUUUCAAAUCUCAAGUCCUCGGAUCAGGCAGAGUACCGAUGCAUGAAAGGGGCCACGCUUGUCCAGAUCGUUAAUCUUUGGAUUAAAGCACCGCCUCGUAUCCUGAACCAGAACAGGACAGUGAACACGUUUCUUGGGGACAAGCUCAUGAUUCGCUGCCAAGUUACGGGAACUCCUCUUCCAACCGUCAAAUGGUACAAGGAGAUAUUAGAUAAUGGAGUUCGACUACUUGAAGACCUAGGAACAACAGGCUCUUAUUUUUCACUAAAUGUAACACGUGAUUCCGGGGGGAUCUACACAUGUCGGGCCGACAACGGAAUUUCACCCCAUGCAGACAGAUACUUCCGUGUUAAUGUUCAACUGAUGCCAAUAAUAACAGCCCCAAAACGGGUAGAACAAGAGCGUGGUAAAGAGGUGCGACUGCAGUGCAUUGUGGAGGGAUAUCCACGUGGAAACGUCACGUGGUGGUAUAAAGGGAAGCAACUCACAAAAGACUACCGAACCACUUUCAGCGUCUAUGAUUCUACUUCCCAUACCGCCAGAUACUCAUUAAUCAUCAGUGCUCUGGAGUCUUAUGACUUUGGAGUGUACACUUGCAAGGCCUCCAACAAUGCCGGAACAACUCAGGGUCAGAUAGAACUCUCUCAAAUACUCUCAGAGAUCAAAGAGUCACGGUGUGAGAAGAUGAGUGUUCGGAAGUGUCAAGGAGUUUUACAGUCAAAUUUCACAUUGCUUCCAAACAGUAAAGGGCACAGGAAACAGGAGGAUGCAUCUCUGGAGUUCAGCCAAUUCUAUCCAGUAAUUCAAUGUAGUAAAUACAUGCUGCCAUUUCUCUGCGGAACAUAUUUUCCGCCGUGUGUUAAUGACACUGUCUAUCCCGUGUGUCCGUACCUUUGUGAACAGAGUCAGGGUGGAUGUGCCUCUGCAUUAAACAAUUUAGACUUUGAAUGGCCCUUUACGUGUAUAGACUUCUACCAUAGACUCAAUGGAAGCUCUGUGUGUGUUGGAACAAGUGGCAUAGAGAAAGUAGCUUCCUUUAUAAAAAUUACUGAAUCAAGCGAUGAUCAAAAUCUGCUGGAGGAAGAAAAAUUAACAUUAUACUGCAAAGCCCUAGCUAACAGUGGAUAUCACAUCAAGUGGUAUAAGAUUAGCAAAACGUCAUAUAUUUCACGACCGGAAAAAUCUGAAGUGGGAAACGGCAUGAAUUAUAUAAUAGAGAGCAUAAAUCGUGAUGACGCAGGAUUAUACGUUUGUGAGGCGACGAAUGAGAAUGGAGUGAUGGAUUCCAGGAACAUUACAGUCGACGUAGAAUUUGCUCCAAAAGUUCUAGUCCAAGCAGAGGUGGCAUUGAUGACCGGAUUAGACAUGGGACUUAAGUGUGAUGUUUUAGGAAAUCCACCUCCAGUUGUUUCUUGGACCAAAAACAACAUUGAACUUAAAAUUGGACGAGAAAUGCAUAGCAAAUACUCGUAUUCCUAUACAUUAAAGAUAACAAAUAUGAGUGAAAUUGACUUAGGAGAAUAUACUUGUUCAGCGUUCAAUAUUUUAGGAAAUGAUGUUGGAGUAACAACAAUCAAAGAUUAUGGCAAGCCAGUGUCGACAACAGGGUCCUCAGAUGUAACUUCCACAAUAGCCACAACACAAGCAAGAAGACCAACAGCGGAGCAAUCUAGAGAUAGUAGUACGUCUCCUGUAGCUGAAGAUAAAUCAGGAGAAAGUCAAGCUGUCUCUCAUCGAUGUCAUGUUCCAUAUUUGAUUUUGUCGAUAUCUUUAACAUUAUUUAUAAUGUUUAUAUCACAUCAUUAGCAUUUCUAAUUUCACAAAUAUAUUCCUUAAGUGCCAUACGUCUGAUAUUUCGUCCCUACUUUUGCAAAACAAAUGAUGAAGCCAACUGUGAACAUCAUUUUUACACACUUACUAGUAAUCUCCCUUGUUAUCCGCUAGGUGAUAUUUGAAGUCGUGCGCCUUUUCCCUGUUUGAUAUGUAGAGGUUCAUGAAUACUAAAACGUUUCAAUUAUGACGUGAAUUUCGUUUUUAGAAAAUACAUGACAAAAUGAACUGUGACGCUCCACACCAGCAUAAUUCACAAGGCGUGUUAGCGUGAACGUUUCAUGAAAAGUAUGUACCCGUGAAGCAGUUCAUCCCCUUAUGUAUGAAUUCAAUUUUUAUAUUUACGUUUAUUAUACCCCCCGCAACAAGUUGUGGGGGGGGGUAUACUGGAAUCGGGUUGUCCGUCUGUCUGUCCGUCCGUCCGUCUGUCCGUCCGUCUAUAGACGCAAUGGUUUCCGGGCUCUAAAGCAUUAUCCUUUCCACCUACCGUCACCAUAUUAUGUAUAUGGACUAACCAUGGGAUGAAGAUGUUCCCUAUCGAUUUUGGGGUGCAAAGGUCACGCGCACUGGACAUCGAAGUAGCAAUAUGGUUUCCAUUUAAAUUCUUUAAUGGCUUUUUUCAUCGCAUGGAGAUGUUGUGUUCCUAGAUACCUUUUGGAUCAUAAUACUGAAGUUUUGCCUAUUACCAACACCCUUUGGGAGAUUGGGGUAAGCGGGGGGUAUUCUUAGUGAGCAUUGCUCACAGUACCUCUUGUUUCUGUUUGAAUUCCCAGGCAUCAACAUAGAGUAUUAUAUUUACCAAGAUGCAUACGCACAUUUGCAGCGCAUUCAUGAGAUGAUAGCAUUACAGUUGGUAAAUAUACCGAAGACAAAAACAUUGGAAAUGUAAAGACAUGUAGCAAACGUAUAUAUACGAUGAUUUAGAUGCGAGUUAGAAGCACACAUUCACAGCAUUCAUUCGGAUAUCAAUCUAAACAUGUGUCCAUAGUGUUUGAGGAUCACUGUUGUGUCAUUUUAGUUUUCUUAAUACUAGUAUACGUAAGAGUUUUUAAAAAAAAAAAUAUUUGUACAUAUAUACAUACUUUCCUUUAUAUGUUCAGAUAGACAAAUAUAUCCAUGAUAGAUAUUACCUCGAUGAUUGAAUGUCUUCCAAUAUUCAUUUCAUUACAGUACUCUCAAUCAAGGUCAUUGUAAUCAUUUUAUAUGUAUCAUCAGUCCACUGAAAAACAUUAUAAGUAUUGUAUCAAUGGUGAGAGAUAUUUUUAAUAAUUUUUAACCUAUUCCAUUCUGUCGGAUUUCUCAUUGAUGUAUGUAUGUAUUUAUAUGUAAAUAUAAGAUCGCAUUGGUAUGUAUGAUACGCCCUUUAUCAUAUUUUGAAAAUAAAUAACUGAUAUAACCUA